GUAACCAGGGGCGCACCAAGGCCGAGGCAGCCACCACCGGCCAUGCAACCGGCUGGACGACCCCAGCUUUAGAGGAUCGAGGCGGGCGAGCCGGCGGACACUCUCCAGGGAAGAAUGUCAGAUGCAGAAGGAAAUCCCAUGGAGGAAACAGAGCCAAGUGAAGAGACAGAAGAAGAAGAAGAAAAUCAGGAUUUUGAAGAAAUAGAAAAUCCAAAAGAAUAUGACACAGCAGGGGAAGAGUCUCAGGAGGGAGAGGAGGAAGAAGGGGAGGAAGGAGAAGAAAUGGAAGGAGUAGAGGAGGAAGAGGAAAGAGUUCAGGAAGAGCAGAUAGAAAACGAACAGGCAGAAGAACAGAUAGAAGAAGAGCAGAUAGAAGAAGGACAGGUAGAAGAAGGGCAGGUAGAGGAAGGGGAGAUAGAAGAAGGGCAGACAGAAGAAGGACAGAUAGAGGAAGAGCAGCUAGAGGGAAAGGGAGAGAGGAGGGAGGACAGAUGGAAGGAAAGGGAAGAAAAAGAGGAGGAAGUGGAGGAAAUCACAGGAGAGCUCCAAAGCAUUACAAGUUUGCAGGAAGCAAUUGCUAAUCUUCAGUUCAUUUCACACGUUUCACUGGAUACUGAUGAUCCGCAGUUAGUGGAGUCACUGAGGUCAGGCCAAACUGGACCAAGCGAGCUCUUAGACCUGGGCUCCCAGUCAGAAAUGUUUACUUCCGAUCAAUUCCCUUCUGAAGGGGAGCAUAUGGACUCCCAGAGGUCCUCCCAGAGCCAGUUCUCACAGGAGCCCGAGAGGAAAGACACUGAAGAAAUGUUGGAUCAAGAAAGGAGAGUCUCGGAACCAAAGAAGGGAAGCAUGGUAUCAAAGAUGGAGGAAGGGAAACCCAAGAGGCUGUCCUACUUCCUCAGUGAGGAGCAAGAGAAAGAGUUCCAGAUCAGAGCCAGGGGCUCCAAGGAUUCACUGGUGUCCAGCUCCACGGAGGACAGUCUGUUUCAAAAGCAAGAGGCCACCAGUGUAUACCCCUUGACCCUGACCUGGUCAUACGGAUGGAACAGCUCCCUCCCUGUCUUGUACCUCCGAGACGAGAACCGCCGAGUGCUUCUGUACGUCUGCGGGCACACGGCCGUCCUCUUCGAUGUCUUCUGCAACGCUCAGCACCACCUUCAGGGCCACUCCAACAUCAUCACCUGCCUCUGCAUCAGUGAGGACAGGCGCUGGAUCGCCACAGCAGACAAGGGGCCUGGCUGCCUCAUAAUUAUAUGGGACUCCUUCUCAGGAAUUCCUGUGCACACUAUAUUUGACAGCUGCCCGCAAAGUAACGGGAUAAGAACCAUAGCCAUCACCCGAGAUGCCAAGUAUCUGGCAACCAUCUCCGAUGCUGAAAUCCAGCAAGUGUGCAUCUGGAGGUGGACGCUGGCUGUGGAGAAGCCGGCCUGCACCCUGGAGCUGCCCAGGGACUACGGUUUUCAGAACCAUCUUAUUUUCAACCCAACAAAUAACAGAGAACUGGUGAGCAAUAGCCGAACACAAACCAUAUAUUAUUUUUGGCUUGAACACAAAAAUAUACUUGUUCACAGUGCCCCAAUUUUAACAGAAAAAACAUUCAACAAGCUCGUGGGAAAAUUUAGCCAGUCUGUCUUCCACCUGAACUUGACGCAGAUCCUCUCUGCUACGCUGGAAGGCAAGAUGGUGGUGUGGGACAUCCAGAGACCGCACUCACUCGCCUCCGGCCUGCCCUACCUCAAGCCCUGUAAACUGGUCCAUCUGCAGAAGGAGGGCAUCACAGUGCUCACUACAGUGGAUAGCUACAUUGUCACUGGCGACAUCAAGGGAAACAUCAAGUUCUACGAUCACACACUGUCUGUCCUCAACUGGUACAGCAACUUCAAGCUGAGCUCCAUCAAGGCGCUGUCCUUCUCCAAGUCUCCACCCAAGUCCCCCACUGAGACGUCCAACCUCCCUUCUGACUGCACCCUAAAAGGUGACCUUUUCGUUGUCAGGAAUUUCAUCAUCGCCACGUGCGAUGCCACCGUGUACCACUUAACAGCAGAGGGCACCAAACUGGAGAAACUCUUUGUAGAGCCCAAGGACGCCAUCUGUGCCAUCGCCUGCCAUCCUUACCAGCCCCUGCUUGCCAUAGGGAGCACCUGUGGCAUGAUCAAAAUGUGGGAUUAUGAGAAGAAGAAGUACCUUUUCAGCAGGGUCUUUGAGAAGGGGCUUGGCGUCCAGAGUUUGACCUACAACCCGGAAGGGGCCCUGCUUGGAGCUGGUUUCACGGAGGGCACAGUUUACAUCCUUGAUGCAAUGUCUUUAAAGAACGAGUCGGAGCCCUUCCACUAUUCCCGCAGCAGCGUGACGCACGUCAGCUUCUCCCACGACUCCCGCUACAUGGCCACCGCGGACGUCAGUUUCACCGUGGCUGUGUACAUGAUGAUUGUCCAGGAUGGACAGCGGGUGUGGCAGUACCUGGCACGGAUCCGCUCCCAUCGCAAGAGCAUCCAGAGCCUCUUGUUUGGGGUUCACCUGGAUAGCAACGAGCCCCGGCUGCUGAGCCUUGGCAGAGACCGCUUCUUGAUUGAGUACAACCUUACCCGAAGCCUCAAAAACCACCUAGAAGUCCUGGACAUCCACCGCACUGACCAGGGCACCUACCCCACCUGCAUGGUGUGGUACCCGCCCCUCACCAAGGAGCUCUUCCUGCUCAUGUGCAACAGUGGCUACAAAGUGAAGCUGUUCAACGCCACCACCAAGAUGUGCAGGAAGACGCUGCUGGGGCCGGCAUAUGGUUCCCCCAUUGAGUACACGCAGGUCCUUCCAGUAAAAGACACACUGGAUCUCCUGAAGCGGUACUUGGUGUUCAUCAACAAAGACAAGGUUGGACUCCAGAUCUUACCAAUUGACGGCAACCCGCACAAGACCUGUGCCAUCAUCUGCCACCCAAGUGGGGUGGCCGGCCUGGCCCUCUCCCACGAUGGCCACUAUGCGUUCACGGCAGGCGGGCAGGACCGCUCCGUCGUACAGUGGAAAAUCAACUUGCACGCAUUGGAUGCUGCGGUCUCCCUCGGGGGUGAGGACUUGAUCCCCUUCUACGGCCUGGUGUCUGGAGGCAGGGAAGGGAAAUUCUACAGGGAGCUGGAGGACUACUUCUACUACUCCCAGCUCCGCUGCCAGGGCAUCGACACGAUGGAGACCAGGAAGGUGUCGGAGUACAUCCACCUGUCCGAGCUGCCCUUUGUCAUGCGCGCCAUUGGCUUCUACCCAUCCGAGGAGGCGAUCGACGACAUGUUCAAUGAGAUCAAGUUCAGUGAAUACGUGGAAACGGGAAUGCUCAUUGACAAAAUCAACCUACCAGACUUCUUCAAAGUUUACCUGAAUCACAGGCCGCCUUUUGGGAACACCAUGAGCAGCAUCCAGCAUAGCUUCGAUGUGCUUGGCUACACCAAUUCUCAGGGAGAGAAGGCCAUCCGGAGAGAGGAUUUCCUGAGACUGCUCCUUACGAGAGGCGAGCACAUGACCGAGGAGGAGAUGUCGGACUGCUUUGCUACAUUGUACGGCCUGAACCCUGAGGGGUGGAAAUCCGAGCCUGCAGCCUCCUCUGUCACAGGUUCAGAAAUUUGCUACGAAGAAGAACUUCCGGACGAAAUCACGGCAGAAAUAUUCACCACUGACAUUCUUGGCCUAACCAUUUCAGACAAUUCAGGACAACAAGAUCAGUGAAGUCACAAGAAAUGUUCAAAGCAUCAGGGACUUGUGUGUGUGUGUGUGUGUGUGCACGCGCACAUGUGCGCGCAUUUGGACACAUACACAUGUGUUUUCUAAAAGGCCCCUGAUUUAAUGUUUGCAGCAUUGAGACAUUAAAAGAAAAUUUCUGUUAAGCAAAGGAAUUUGCAAAG